CGGGCGUCGCCGGCGCCGUGUGACUCGGGGCUGUGGGCGCGCUCGCGGCUCUUCGGCCAUGGUUUUCUCAAAUAAUGAUGAAGGCCUUAUUAACAAAAAGUUGCCCAAAGAACUUCUCUUGAGAAUAUUUUCCUUCUUGGAUAUAGUAACUCUGUGCCGAUGUGCACAGAUUUCCAAGGCCUGGAACAUCCUCGCCUUGGAUGGAAGCAAUUGGCAGAGAGUAGACCUGUUUAACUUUCAGACAGAUGUCGAGGGACGAGUGGUGGAAAACAUCUCCAAGCGAUGUGGCGGGUUCCUCCGGAAGCUCAGCCUGCGAGGCUGCAUUGGUGUCGGGGAUUCCUCCUUGAAGACCUUUGCACAGAAUUGCCGAAACAUUGAACAUUUAAACCUCAAUGGUUGCACAAAAAUCACUGACAGCACGUGUUACAGUCUUAGCAGGUUCUGUUCCAAGUUGAAACAUCUGGAUCUGACCUCUUGUGUGUCUAUUACAAACAGCUCCUUAAAGGGCAUCAGUGAGGGCUGCCGGAACCUGGAGUACCUGAACCUCUCCUGGUGUGACCAGAUCACAAAGGAUGGCAUCGAGGCACUGGUGCGGGGGUGCCGAGGCCUGAAAGCUCUGCUCCUGAGGGGCUGCACACAGCUGGAAGACGAAGCUCUGAAACACAUUCAGAACUACUGCCGUGAGCUCGUGAGCCUCAACCUGCAGUCCUGCUCCCGCAUCACCGACGACGGCGUGGUGCAGAUAUGCAGGGGCUGCCACCGGCUGCAGGCUCUGUGCCUGUCGGGCUGCAGCAACCUCACGGAUGCGUCUCUCACCGCCCUGGGUCUGAACUGCCCGAGACUGCAAAUUUUGGAGGCUGCCCGAUGCUCCCAUUUGACAGAUGCAGGCUUUACACUUUUAGCUCGGAAUUGCCAUGACCUGGAGAAGAUGGAUCUUGAAGAGUGUGUCCUGAUUACCGAUAGCACUCUCAUCCAGCUCUCCACCCACUGCCCCAAGCUGCAGGCCCUGAGCCUGUCGCACUGUGAACUCAUCACAGAUGAUGGGAUCCUCCACCUGAGCAAUAGCACCUGUGGUCACGAGCGCCUGCGGGUGUUGGAGCUGGACAACUGCCUCCUUGUCACCGACGUGGCCCUGGAGCACCUGGAGAACUGCCGGGGCCUGGAGCGCCUCGAGCUGUACGACUGCCAGCAGGUCACCCGUGCGGGCAUCAAGCGGAUGCGGGCUCAGCUGCCUCACGUCAAAGUGCAUGCCUACUUCGCUCCCGUGACCCCGCCACCAGCAGUGGCAGGAGGCGGACAGCGGCUGUGCAGGUGCUGCGUCAUCCUCUGACGCAGCUGCCGGGGCCCAGGGUGAGAAGGGCUCUUCCUCCCGAAGUCCUGCCUUCCGGACUGCUCCACUGUCACCCGAAUCUGUUCACUCUCCACUGGGAAAACAUUGGCAGGUAAUGACUUGGGAACAGAUUGCAGUAACUAGUGGGUGAUAACUGCUCUGUACUCUGCCGGGAUGCAAUUGACUCAAAGCCUUGUAUCAGUUAAGGUAUAAGCGUGGUCUAGGGCAGCCGAGACCACGUGAGAAACCAGGAGACUCUCAGGGCGGGUGCCUACUGAGGUACGCAAGCCCCACCCUCGGCUUGCUUCAGUGCUCCUCAGACCGUCAGUGUUAGCACAAACUCAGCCAACAAAACGACCUGUGGUUUUCUACCUGAUCCUUAAGCCAGUGGCCUACUUUAAUUCACAAUGAUUCCAUUUUGAUUAGCAGGACUUUUCCACUAUGAAAACUAAGUAGCAACUUGAUCACAGUGACUGAACUGCAAACUCAUGUCUGGUCGUUUUAUAUGUAGAGAAAGGCAUGUUAACAGACUUUCAUAAGACACCAAAGAAAUGCGGACUCUGAACUGGGUGGAGCAGGACCUUCACCUCCGUUUGUGUCGACGUGUCACAUCCAUCUCCAGGGACCAAAAUGAAAACAAAAGCAACUCAGUUUGCAUUGUCUGACUGGGGAUUAGAACCUCUGGCAGGUGCUAGGGUAGGGUGCAUCUGUGUCAAAGGAAAAAGGCCAACUGUGUCCACACUUCUCACAAAUUUUGGGGGAGCUUUAAAUAUAGAAUUAAGGCUUAAAUUUCCUAUAAUACAAUCAAAAUGAAUGGAUGCAUGUAGAAUGGAUGUGAUUUUGUUUUCACAUUUAUCUUAAAAUUUUAGAGGUUAGGCUAUACCUGAACUAUUUAAAAAGUUGACACAUCUCAGAUCAGCAAAAUGUUGGCACAUUUUAGUCUCAUAGUAUAAGAACGAAUAAACCAUUACAACGCUGAGGAGAA